AUGUAUAUAGAUGAUAAGCAAUAUGUGUCAUUGCUCAUUGAAGAUAGGGGUGAAUAUUUCCUAGAGAUUUACAUUGGAUCCCCACCAGUUUCAGUCAUUGUGAUUGCAGACACCGGAAGUAGCCUCAUAUGGGUAAAAUGUUCCGGAGAUUAUAAGGCACACCACUUCAAUCCACCAAGUUCAUCCUCCUAUGAAACCGUUACUUAUAACUCCAAAUUUUGCAAGGCAUUGCGCAAAAUAAAUAUUGGGGACUCAAACAGUUGCGAAUAUGAUUAUUCUUACAGGGAUGGUUCACGAGUAUUGUCGUUAGUUUCUCAAUUGAAAUCCCAAAUAGAAUCCAAAUUCUCCUAUUGCCUACUUCCCAUCGGAUCAAUGAAAACUAAUAAGUUGAGAUUCGGAGUGGGAGAAACAAUUUCUAAUGUCAAGGUUGUGUCAACUCCACUUGUACUUAAAGAUCCUCCUACUCGCUACUAUUUCAGUCUCGAAAGUAUUAGCAUUGGAGGAAAGAGAACAAUCUCAAGUCAAAGUCAAGCCAAAUUUAUUAGAGCUGAUGACCUCCCAACAAUGGUGUUCCAUUUUGAUGGUCCAGACAUUCACUUACAGUCUGCGCACACAUUUAUGCGAUAUCAUACUCAUGUGGUUUGUAUGAUAAUAGUCCCAAAUGAUAAUCUUUUAAUAUUUGGGAGUAUGGCUCAAGUGAACUGUCGAGUGGAAUUCUACGUCGAGAAUAGAAAAGGUUUCUUUCGCUGA